AUGUCUGUAAAAAUCAAUCAGGAAGUGAAAGAUAUCACCCGAGUAGAACGAGUGGGUGCUCACUCUCAUAUUCGUAACCUCGGUGUUGAUGAUUCCUUAACUGCCCGUGCAAGCUCGGGAGGUAUGGUCGGACAACUAAAGGCAAGAAAGGCAGCUGCAAUCAUUCUUCAAAUGAUAAAGGAAGGUAAAAUUGCAGGUAGAGCAAUCCUUAUCGGAGGACCUCCAGGAUCAGGUAAAACAGCCAUCGCGAUGGCCAUGGCUCAAUCUCUUGGCCCCGAAACUCCAUUCACAAUGAUUGCUGGCUCCGAAAUUUUCUCUCUUGAAAUGAGCAAAACUGAAGCUUUAACACAAGCAUUUAGAAGAAGUAUUGGAGUUCGUAUAACAGAGGAAUCCGAAGUCAUUGAGGGUGAGGUUGUAGAAAUUCAAAUUGAUCGACCUCUCGAUUCUAGCAGCGCAUCCCAAGGAAAAACAGGUAAAAUCACAUUGAAAACAACAGAUAUGGAGACAAUUUAUGAUUUAGGAGCCAAGAUGAUUGAAGGUUUGCAAAAAGAAAAGGUUCAAAGUAAGGACGUUAUUUCCAUUGAUAAGGCAACAGGAAAAAUUACAAAGCUAGGUCGAUCAAUUUCAUCCACUGGCGACUAUGAUGCGAUGGGACCAAAUACAAAAUUUGUACAAACACCAAUUGGUGAAUUACAAAAGAGAAAAGAAUCUCAACACAUGGUAACAUUACAUGAAAUUGAUGUCAUCAACAGCAGAAGCCAAGGUUUUAUUGCUCUCUUUGCUGGAGAUACUGGAGAAAUUAAGUCAGAAGUCAGAGAACAGAUUGAUCAAAAAGUAGCUGAAUGGAGAGAGGAAGGUAAAGCAGAAAUCGUUCCUGGAGUUUUAUUUAUUGACGAAGUUCACAUGUUAGACAUUGAAUGCUUUUCAUUCCUGAAUAGAGCCAUCGAAAGUGACAUGGCACCCAUCUUGAUCAUGGCUACAAAUCGUGGUAAUAGCACCGUAAGAGGAACUGAUAUUAAGAGCCCCCAUGGUAUUCCAAUUGACUUGCUAGAUCGUACACUAAUUAUUUCUACCUCACCAUAUAGCCAAGAAGAAUUGAAACAAAUUAUUCAAAUUAGAUGUGAGGAAGAGGAUGUAAAACUGAACGAAAAGGCCCUCAAUCUAUUGGUAAAAAUUUCACAGGAAACAUCACUACGUUAUGCCCUUCAAUUGAUAACCACAGCCUCUCUCGUUGCACAGAAACGAAAGAGUAGUGAGGUUGGUGUAGAGGAUGUGAAAAGAGUUUUCGGCUUAUUUGUGGAUGUCAAGCGAUCCGAAUCAUUUUUACAAGGUUUCCAGAGUCAGUACAUUCUCUCAACAUCAGGAACCACCUCAACAACACAAGAUAAAAUGGAUACUAUGGAAUAA